GCAACUCUUCGCAACCCCAGCUAGCAAACGCAUGCGCUACCCUCUAUCAUUUAACUCUCCCUUCUCCGAGCGCGACCCUGUCUUUUAGGGCACCUCCAUAUCUUAAUCUGUGAAAUUCGGCUUCUAAAUUAGUUUCAAAUCACUUCUCUAUGAUUGGUCAUCUCUGAAGAAACUGACAGAGAAGGGAAACGCUCAGCUUCUUUGCCUCUGGAUAGCAGCCCCAAUCUGGCUGCUAGCAGCUGCAAGGUCGUUGCGGCGUGACCUGGACUCCAUUUCCACCUUGGAAGGCAGCUUUCCACCAUGGCUGCCCAUGAAAGCUUCGGGAGCAGACUCUGGGUACCGCUUCUGUUUACGCUUGCAUUCACCAUCCACACAGGCACGGCUAUAAAAUGCUGGGACUGCAACUCUCACUACGACAGAAAUUGCGCCGAUCCCUUCAGGAACGCGACGUUCGCCCUCACAGACUGUGAUCAGAGAAGCCUCGAUCACUUCCCUCAGCAGAAAGCCACCGUCUGCAGGAAGAUCAUACAGAAAGUGAGGGAUGAUUACCGCUUUGUUCGAGGCUGCGGCUGGCUGAGUAGUGAGAAGGAAAGCACAGAUUGUUUCAAACGUGCGGGAACCUUCAAUGUCCUGAUACAGUACUGUAGUUGUGAUACGGACGGCUGCAACGCCGCUCCCCACACCAUCCAAUACAACUGGAUCGGACUGCUGGCGGCCGUCAUCUUCUCCACCCUCAUGGCGGUCAAGUAAGAACGCCACAGAGCUCCUCCAAGAGCGUGACCACUCGAGAACCUGGCCGUGCCAGUUUAUGUUUUUGCAGGCUGCAAUUAUAUAUAAAUAUACAUAUGGAACAAAUACCGAGAUUUAACUUAACCAUAUUUUGUUGCUAAGCGGUCGUUGCUAGACGAGUAAAAAAAAAAAAAGGUUCGCUUGUUGUAGCGUCAACUCCCAGCGGCCCCGGUGACAUCACUACCUUACCAAAGAGUUCGACUAUCAUUUCUAUACUUUUUAUUAUAUUUUAGAAUGUGUUUAUAUAUUUACCAUAUGUUGAUUAUCUUUUAUUGUUGAUUUUUGUUUUCUAUUCUCGUAUUUGCUCAUUUUAAAUCUUGUUUGUAUUUUUUUAUAAACAAAUCUGUUGGAUUUAUUUUGAAGUUUCCACAUAUUCAACAUAAUUUACUUUUAGAUUCGUUUGUUGUUAAGGAAUUAUUUCAAUUUCCUCGUAAGAUAUUGGUGUCGCUGAGUAAAGUAUAUGACAGCGCUGCAGUGUUAUUGUGUUUAUUGAAAAACAUAUAUGUUGUUGUUUCUUCGUUCAUGUGAACAUGUUUUGUUUUUAAGUUCUAAAAAGGAAAUUUCCAACUUUCAAUAAAAAAAUUCACAAGCAAUCUCAAAAAAUGGCAAAUAUUCCAAAAAAAAUUAAAGAUAAAAUAAUAAACGUUUAUAUUUAAAAAACAUUGCAAAAUUACAUUUUAAUUAUUGAAUUUAACCAGAUACAAUUUAGAUAUGCGGCUUUAAAGAAUAAUUUAGAACUUCUAAAAUUAAAUUGGCAUCCAUUUGGAGAUUUUGUUUGAGUUGAAUGAUUAUAAAACUAUCGAUAUUGCAAAUUCAUCUGAUAAUAGCCCGAUUUUCUUUUAGAAGCCUUAAAGAAUAAAUAAAUAAAUAAAAAGAAGUAAUCCGUGGAAAGUUGGUAAUCUCUUUUAUACACUCUUUUAUUUCGUUUAGAUGUUUGCUGUUGAUGUAUAACGCGCUUGACUGUUCAAAGUUCCUCUUCGUUACAACCGAAACAUUAUGUCCCAGAAUUGUAACAAUUUAUAUUCACUUUUGUCAAAAGUAUAUUAAAAAAGUAAAUUACUGAAAUAUAGAAAAAAAUUAGAGCUUAAUUGCAAGGAACUCAAUGCUUUUCAUGUCAAAUUAGUUAGAUUCACAGCUGAAAAAUUAAAGCACCCUUUUCGACCACCACGAAAAGUCUUUUUGGAAAGGAUCGUAUAAAUCGCAUUUCAUUCUGGUGAAAAAAAUAGUUAAUUAAAAAUAUUUGUAACUGUACUCACUUAGAUAUUAAUCUUGGUACAUCUAAAUUGUUAUUAGCUGUGAACUUGAGGUCUUUUGAAAAAAAUACCUUAGAUUCGUGACAAAAAAACUGCCUUUUAGUGUAUGCAAUGUUUUGAAGUACUUUCACGUUGCUAUACACAAGUGUUAUACCAAAAAAAAAAAAAACUGUAUAUUAAGUCGUUAAUGCUGUUAUUUAAUACAGUGACUCUUAGAGAAGACGUAUAAUAAUGCUCGUAGCUAGAUCUCAAGCGAUGCAUUUACUGAAGCACAUAUUCGUUUAAGAUCAUGCCAUUCUUUCAGUAGGCACUAUGUGCAAACGAUAUUUGAAAAUACCAUCUUCGAUUUUCAUUUCAUAUCAAACUUAUUCAGUUUUUACAAACAACAAUAGACACAGCCUUUUUUUUUGAAAUUUCAAUUAUCUGAAUUUGAACGCUCAUUUCUUUCUGUCUGGAUUACUUUUUGCCAGACGAUUUCAAAUUUUUCCCAUUUGUAUCGAUAAUAAUCGCCAACAAAUUUUAUUUAAAAAAAUUUCAUUUAUAUUCUAAAUCCGAAAUUUUAAAUGUUUCAGAUGUAUUACAGAGGAAAUUAAAAUUGGCAGCAAUAUUUUUUUUUUUUUUUUAAAGAGACGUUAUAAAUGAUCGUAUCCAAAAGUAAAAUAUAACAUCGGAAUUGGAUGCAGUUAAUUUUUUUGUUCCCGACAUAGACAUGGAUAUGGAGUUGCCUUAAAUACACCAUAAAAAGUUGUUGUAUGAUUUCGCGCUCAAUUCCCCCUUUAAUUCGGUGUUAAAAUAAUAAAACAAAUUUUUGUGUGUUUGUAUGUUCAGUGUUUUCAGUUUCGUGACAGGAAACCACAGUUGAUUAGACAAAUACAUUAUUUGCCAUUCCGUUCCAUUAAUUCAUUUUGUUCCAUGGAAGCAAUGCAAUUUAAAUUCUUAAGUAAAUGUAUCCAAUGCGUAGACAAAAAAAAAUCCGUCUAAGAAUAGUCUCAUAACCAUUAAAAUGAAUGUUAAAUUGUCAUAAAGGAAAUUCAUUUAGCACCUUAACGUGCAUUCUUAUAGCUUGGUUUGAAAUGUGUUCUUUGCCCGAAUGUGGCAUUCUGGAUUUCUUUCAUUCCUUUAAUUCAUUCUGAUUUUAAAAAGAACAAUGAAUUCAGAUUUCAGUUCUAAAUCGAACACAAAUUUCAGUGUUAAUAAUGCCCAUGCAUUCCAUUCAUAUCCAUGUGAAUUUAAUUAAUCUUUUGUAUAUAUUUGAUAAGUUAUUGAAAAAAAAAAACUUUUUAAAAACUUUUCAAAAUUUGUGAUUAUAGUAUAAAUUUUAUAUUUUAGUCAUGCUUUUUUUAUUUUGAAAAAACAUUCUAAUUAAGCGUGGUUUCUACAUAUUUUUGUGUCACCUUGUACGUGGCGUUUGACAUUCUGUCCACUAGAUGGAGCUACAGCUACAUUCCAAAGAAUUUUUAGUCCUGCGAAGAAAAGAUUCAUUUGCAUGAUGUUCUUCGUAGAUAGAGCGCUGUCACGUGUAUUUAUAGAAGUUUCACUAUUUGUACUUAAAAAAAAUAGUAUUGCAAAAUGUAUUUCUUUUUACUCUAUAAUUUUCUUUUUUCUUUUAGACUUAAGGUAACUUUGAUUGUACUGUGGCGAAAAAUAUGGUUCGCAAGAAUUCUUCGUAUAUUUUAAAUUUAUUUAAAAAGAAAUAACUCAUUGGAUAGAUCCAUAACUGAUUUCUAACAGGUUAAAAAUGCGGCAAAAUUUUUAUGGGGGAAAGUCUUCCACUAUUUUCAAAAUGCUGAAGGGAGAAAAUAAAUAUAAAAGAACCCUGUUCUUAAAGUUCAUAACAUUUUAUAUCUUAACUUAAGAAAGCAGAUUAUUGUUUUCGUCGUCCAUUACGUCUCAGAAAUUUUAAUGCAUUUCAGCAUUUUUUGAGGCAAAUAAAGAUUUCAUCAUUUUAAUAUUUACAAAAAUUACUGUGAUCAUAUGAAAAGUGACAGUUAAUUAAGAAAUAAUUAAAAAAAGGUUAAAUAUAAUUUAAUGUAAGAAUUAUUUUCUAUCUGAUACGAAGUAAAUUUAAUAUCCUAUAAAUUAAAUUUUCAAAGGGAUUAACAAAAGUUGAUGAUGACUGUGGAAAAAAAAAUUAUAUUUUUAAACGACUAAAAAUAUUUUUCUAGUUUUAUUUUUAAAAUUCGAAAAAAAUGCUUAAAUCUGAAAUAUUCUCAUAUCUGGAGCAUAUUUUUCGCCAAAGAUUGUAUAAAAAGUCUAUCUUAUUAUUAAAAAUUUGUAUUAUUCCAUCCCUACUAUGUAUGUUUGUUAAUUAUUAUUUUAUUAUAUUUAAUAUUCUGUGUGCUGUUUAUUUGUGUGACUCGCAAUACUUGUUGCUAUGUUACAAAAAGUUAAAAAAAAUGCCAGAUAAUGGCAUGAAAAAAAAAAAGGAAAACAAGUCAUCAAGAAACUAAUAUUGCUCCCGUUUGUUACGUCAUGACAAUGUUUGUUAUUCUUCAUUUAGUAUUAUUUUGAUGAAAUUGAAGUUAUCAUUUAGAUUAAUGCUUUUGAAAUACUAGAAUAAUUACAAAGUGUUCGUUUCAUUAAUUUUUAUAAUUGUAUUUACUCAAUUUUUAGGUUAUGUGUGUUAACAGCUGGUUUCCAAACGAUUAUUGGUCCAAAAUACAAUUCAGAAUUAAAGUUCUUUGACUCUAAAGUAGAAAAUAUUGAGAAAUAUUACAUAAUAUUCGUUACGAGACAAUCUGAAGACAUUUCUAUAAUCAUUCCACAUUGUAAAUGUUUUUGUUUCCAUUGCACAGAUUAAAUUUUGCAUAGGCAAUUGCAUACUCGUAGUCUUUAGACAAACUUAGAAAUUCAUUAUGAUUUUGUUACAAAUUUAUCUCUUAUUAAUUAUUACACAAAGGUAGUAGAAACCUACCUUUUGAAUUGCGGGUUACAAUCAACAAAUCGUCAAAUCUAAAAUGUACACAUUAAUAAUGGAAACUCAUUCAGAUUUUUUUCUUUAAUUUUAAAGAUGAUUUGCAUUCAUUAAAGUUAAAUUUAAUAUUGGCUUUACACUCUAAUUCUAAAUUCACAAGCGAAAGAGUACUACUGGCAGUUACCAAUCUUUUAAUAAAUAAAGCCUUGUUCAAAAAAAUUACAACUAAGGCAGUUUUUGACUGAUUUUGAACCAUUGUUCACGGUUGUUACUGCACUGCAACUUUACUCAAGGAGUUGUCUUGGAUGACUAACUGUGCUGAGUUUUCGAUAAUGGAAGCAAACUUUUCGAAUCAAAAUUUGUAAGCUGUCUAAUGGCUGGAAAUGGUCGUCUUCUUGUCAUCACUGAUACCCGCCCGUCCUCAAGAUCGAAAACCACGCUUUCUUGAACAAAGGGGACCAACGCGCAUUUAUGAAAUGUUCUUGUUUUCUUAUGUUCCCAAUUUGGCGCCAUUCAUUACUGCUUAGUUCCUUUGCUUCCAGAACGAUUAAUGAUGCACAGUUACUCAUCUAAAAGACUCGUCAAUAUGCUCGAUAUAUUUGAAAAAAAAAAUCAUCAUCAUAUAUUUGUGAGUAUUUCUAACAAUCAAUCGGGGGAAGGGAAGUUUCGAAUAUCAAAUAGGGGGAAGUUUUGUUUCCAUUCUAGGUUCUUCCCUCCGACAUUGCUGAACAUUAGCCUCGACGGUUGGUUCCAAAGGUGAGUCCAGUACACGGAGCCUAUCGAGAUUGCCAGUUAAAAAUUAAAAAGGUGUCAUGUUCCUUGAGUUGUGUACUGAUAACGAUACAGGGCAGCACUUCAUAAAAGAAUAAAAAAAAAAAAUGCAUAGCACUAAAAAUUUGGUGCUACGUUUUAUACAAAUGAAGAUUCGUCGAAUACUACUUCAUUCAAUAAAAAAAAAAAAAAAAAAAAAA